CGUCUUACACUGAUUAAAUUCUCCUUACCUGUCUCAACUUCCGACGUUUAUUCAUCAUGGGUUUGAAGGUUAUUAGAUUCUUUCUCCUGAUUUGUUGAUUAAUAUAUAUGCAGGAGGAAUUUGAGGAGCACGCUGAGAAAGUGAAUACGCUCAAGGCGUUACCAUCGAACGAGGAUUUGCUCAUUCUCUACGGACUCUACAAGCAAGCCAAGUUCGGGAAUGUGGACACCAGUCGUCCUGGAAUGUUCAGCAUGAAGGAGAGAGCCAAGUGGGAUGCUUGGAAGGCUGUUGAAGGGAAAUCAUCGGAAGAAGCCAUGAAUGACUAUAUCACUAAGGUCAAGCAACUCUUGGAAGAUGCUGCUUCCAGUGCUUAAACCUGAUGGAAUCAUAUGAUUGAUCAAUCCUCCUCUGCAGUAACUUUAUCUUAAGCAAUCAAAUAACAUAGCAUAAGACUUGUUCUUGCUCUUGUGUUUCUAUCAUAUUAAAUCUCUCUACUUUGU